AUGUCGAGUUUGGCGGUGAGAGACCCGGCCAUGGAUCGGUCGCUGCGCUCCGUGUUCGUAGGGAAUAUUCCCUAUGAAGCGACCGAGGAGCAGCUAAAGGACAUUUUCUCUGAGGUUGGUUCGGUCGUCAGUUUCCGGCUGGUGUACGAUAGAGAGACGGGGAAACCCAAAGGUUAUGGCUUCUGCGAGUAUCAGGACCAGGAAACCGCACUUAGCGCCAUGCGGAACCUUAACGGGCGAGAGUUCAGCGGGAGAGCGCUCCGGGUGGACAAUGCCGCCAGUGAGAAAAAUAAGGAGGAGCUCAAGAGUCUGGGGCCCGCGGCGCCCAUCAUUGACUCACCCUACGGGGACCCCAUCGAUCCGGAAGAUGCCCCCGAAUCGAUCACGAGAGCCGUGGCCAGCCUCCCUCCCGAGCAGAUGUUCGAGUUAAUGAAGCAGAUGAAGCUCUGCGUCCAAAACAGCCACCAGGAAGCGCGAAACAUGUUAUUGCAAAACCCGCAGCUGGCGUACGCGCUGUUGCAGGCGCAAGUCGUGAUGAGGAUCAUGGAUCCGGAGAUUGCGCUUAAAAUUCUGCACCGGAAAGUACAUGUGACGCCGCUUAUCCCAGGCAAAUCUCAGCCUGUUUCUGUCUCGGGCCCUGGACCUGGACCUGGACCUGGCCUCUGCCCAGGACCUAAUGUUCUCCUGAACCAACCCAAUCCUGCUGCCCCUCAGCCUCAGCAUUUGGCUAGGAGACCUGUGAAAGACAUUCCUCCGCUGAUGCAGACUCCUAUCCAGGGUGGAAUUCCCGCUCCAGGGCCAAUCCCAGCUCCUAUACCUGGAUCUGGUCCUGGUGCCUUAACUCCUGGAGGAGGAAUGCAGCCCCAGGUUGGCAUGCCAGGAGUUGGUCCAGUGCCUUUAGAGCGGGGACAGGUGCAGAUGGCAGACCCCAGAGCUCCUAUACCACGUGGACCCAUGACUGCUGGUGGCAUACCUCCAAGAGGACUGUUAGGUGAUGCUCCAAAUGACCCCCGUGGAGGAACUUUGCUUUCAGUUACGGGAGAUGAGCCUCGAGGUUACCUGGGCCCUCCUCAUCAAGGUCCUCCCAUGCAUCAUGCCUCUGGUCAUGACGGUCGUGGCCCUUCCUCACAUGAGAUGAGGGGCGGACCAAUGGCUGAUCCUAGAAUGCUAAUGGGCGAGCCCAGAGGGCCCAUUAUGGACCAGAGAGGUCUCCCCAUAGACGGUAGAAGUGGCAGAGAUGCCAGAGCAAUGGAGGCACGAGCCUUGGAAAAUGAGGUCUUAGAAGCACGAGUAAUGGAAAGAAGAGGAAUGGAGACUUGUGCAAUGGAAACCAGAGGAAUGGAAGCUAGGAGCAUGGAUGCAAGAGGAAUGGAGAUAAGGGGCCCAGGCCCCAAUCCAAGAGGCCCUAUGGCCGGUGGACUCCAGGGUCCUGGUCCCAUGAAUAUGGGGGCAGGUGGACCUCAGGGGCCCAGACAGGUCGCAAACAUUUCAGGGGUAGGGAACCCUGGAGCUGGCAUGCAGGGGGCAGGCAUGCCAGGGCCUGCCAUGCAAGCAGGCGGUAUGCAACCAGCAGGCAUGCAAGGAGGUGGUAUGCAACCAGCAGGCAUGCAAGGAGGCAGCAGCAGUGGUGGCAGCAUGCAAGGGGCAGUCAAGCAAGGUGGAGGCCAGCCUAGCAGUUUUAGCCCUGGCCAAAGUCAAGUUACACCACAGGAUCAAGAAAAGGCCGCUUUGAUCAUGCAGGUUCUUCAACUCACUGCAGAUCAGAUUGCUAUGCUGCCUCCUGAGCAGAGGCAGAGUAUUCUCAUCUUAAAGGAACAAAUCCAGAAGUCAACAGGAGCGUCUUGA